ACCAUUUGUCGCGGAACGCUUGAUGUCUUUUGUUCCGGAUUGCUUUUUAUGGCGCACAGUUGAUGGCGACCAGCAUACGUUUGAGUCUGGAAGUUUCUAGUUAACUAGCACUGUUUGAACUCGCUUUUUGAAAGAAAAGAGUCUACUUCAUAGUGAUCCAAUCAUGGGGAGAAGCAGGAGCCGAACACCGCCACGACGAGAGAGGCGGCGCUCGCGCUCGACAUCACGAGAUCGUGAGAGGAGGCGCAGGGAGCGCGAGAGAUCCCGGUCCCGCGACAGAGACCGGCGACGAUCCCGGUCCCGCUCGCCUCACAGACGCAGAUCCAGGUCUCCACGCCGGCAUCGCUCCUCCUCGCUGUCUCCAGUGCGGCAGAAGGACAGACGGGAUGAUGACCGGAAGGAAGCUAAGGACAAACCAGCAAAGGUCCAUCAGAUAUCAGCUGAGGACAUGCAGGGAAAGACUGAGGAGGAAAUAGAGAUGAUGAAACUGAUGGGCUUUGGAUCCUUUGACAGCACAAAGGGCAAGAAGAAGGAGGGAUCUGAUGCUGCGUUUGCAAUUAACGUGUCACAAAAGAGAAAAUACAGGCAAUACAUGAACAGGAAAGGUGGUUUCAACAGACCUUUGGAUUUCAUUGCUUGAUGGAGUCGUCUGGAACCACGUCUGAGCGACUUUGACUUCUUUGUGAUGAAACCUAUAUUCCCUUUUCUUCCCCGAGUUUAUGUAAAUAUGUUUCAGCAGUUUUGUUUUUCAGUCAAUGGCUGUUAUGUAAGUGUCGGUGCAGGUUCUAGUAGCUCAUUUUAGAAGGAUUUGAUAUUGUAGAUUGUUUGUUUGAAAACUUUGAAAGUGCUAAAUAAAUGGGAACUCUUGGUGAA